AUGCUCAAGCCGGACACCGACCCGGGCCGGGGCCUCCCCCAGCUGCCGCUGGAGCUGAUGGAGCGGGUCUGCGAGACGCUGGCCACGCGCGACCUGGCGGCGCUCCGGGGCAGCUGCCGGCAGGUCCACCACCUCACGCACCACUGCUUCGCCCAGCGGUACGGCGAGUACCAUACGGACUUCUCGGAGCGAUCGCUCCGGCAUCUCCACGCGCUGGCGCAGAACCCGGGGGUGGGGAGGCACAUCCGAUCGCUGGUGGUGCUGAGUCCCGAGCCGCGGCUGGGGAAGGACCUGCAGGCGCUGCGCUGGGCGGCGGCCGGCCAACUGGCGGGGGAUAGCCUCACGAUGCCCUCGCUGCGUACCCUCCGCGACGACCUCGUCCGGCGUCUCCCCCACUGCCGCUCCUUUGUCGUCUCUCCGAUUGGGGGGGCGGGGCCGCCGGAGCACCCCCAGGACCCCCAGGACCUCCAGGACCACCAGCAGUGCACCUUCAACCCCGAUGAUGUUGUAUCCAUCCUGUGGGAGAUUGUCGCCGAUGCGGCCCUGCCGGUGCAGCGGUUCUGGUACGGCCAGGGCCUGAACUACUCCUCCUCCGCCUGCUCCGCCUGCUCCUCCCCCCUGCUGGACAUCGCGCGACUCCCCAAGGGCCUCUUCCGCAGCCCCGGGUUCCGCGCCGGCUGGGCGGCCCUCCAGAACCUGCACCUCGAGCAGACCCUCACCCCCCACAACUACGCCUUCUGUCUCGACCUGAUCCUGCACGCCCCGGCCCUCCGCAAGCUCCAUCUCGGCCUGGGCCACACCCCGAUCGCCGCCGAGUUCGUCGCCGACCUGAGUCGCGCCCUCACCCUAGCACCCCACCCCCCAACGUGGGAGCGACUGUCCCUGGCGGGGACAACACUCCACGCGGACGACCUCCUCCGGCUGCUGCAUCAGUCGCGCGCCCGGCUGCAGACCCUCUGGCUGCGCGACGUCUCGGGCCUGGACGCCUCCUGGCUGGCCGCCCUGCACCGCCAUCGCCGCCAGUUUCCGCGCCUGGCCGCCCUCGCCCUGCGCGACAUCCGGAGCCCGUCCGGGCUGGUGCGCUUCGGCCUCCCCCCCGGGGCCGCGGGGUUCCAGCUGCAGCCCAACGAGCAGGGCGCGGUGCCUGCCAUCGGGCUGGGCGCCUCGGACAUCAUCGGGAUGGCCUACGGCGGAUCGGAGAUGGACCGCGCGCUGGAGACCCUGGUGCAGGUGUGGACGGAGUGUGGGGGAGGGACGGGGGGACUGGCGUGA